AUGGGUUACGCACUGACCGGAGCGUUUGUUAUCGGCUUAGCAGCUUAUGCCGGUUAUCGUGCUGCAACACCCCAAAAAUAUUUGGUCACAAAUCGGCAUCCAGAGUCAAAUGAUCAGAUUGAAAAAGUGCUUGAAUCAUUGAAAAUAAGCGAUGAAAGUUUACAACAAAUUAUGCUUUUACUCGAAGACGAAAUGAAUGCUGGUUUAUCACCCGCCAUGCAUAAAAACGCUGUUGUUAAAAUGUUUCCUACUUAUGUACGAAGUACGCCAGAUGGUAGUGAAGUUGGUCAAGUGUUAGCGUUAGAUUUGGGUGGCACAAACUUUCGUGUGUUAUUAAUUAAUUUACUUGGACAUGCACAAAUUAAUUUAACAUCGAAAAUAUUUGUUAUUCCACAAAGUAUUAUGCUUGGAGAGGGCAUGAAUUUAUUUCGUCAUUUGGCAGAUUGUUUAUUAGACUUCAUGAAAAAAGAAAAUUUAGUUAGAACAAGUGUGCGUUAUCCAUUAGGUUUCACAUUCUCAUUUCCAUGCAAACAAGAAGGUCUUGCAUCAGCUCGUUUGACAUCCUGGACGAAAGGUUUCACUUGUGCCGGUGUUGUCAAUGAAGAUGUUGUUAAAAUGCUUCAACGAGCAUUGGAUGAAAAAAAUAUCAAUGUUCAAUGCGUAGCACUUGUUAACGAUACCGUUGGAACAUUAAUGGCUUGUGCUUACAAAGAUCCACAUACAGCAAUUGGUCUAAUUCUGGGUACGGGAACGAAUGCUUGUUAUAUGGAACAAUUAAACAAAGUUGGUACAUGGGAUGGUGAUCAUUCCGAACCAAAGCAAGUCAUUAUUAACAUGGAGUGGGGCGCAUUUGGUGAUAAUAAUAAAUUAAAUCAUAUACGAACAAAAUAUGAUGAAGAAGUCGAUUUAUCAAGUUUGAAUCCAGGAAAACAAAUAUUUGAAAAGAUGAUUAGUGGAAUGUAUAUGGGUGAAAUUGUUCGUUUAAUUAUGUUAGAUUUAAUGCAACAAGAUUUACUAUUUUUGGGACAUAGAGAAGGCUAUUCUGGUUACAAAGCGCCGCUGUUUUCUCGAGGAGGAUUUUACACAAAAUUUGUAUCAACCGUCGAAACAGAUGAAGGAAUUGGUUUUAGUAAUACUCGACGAGUUUUAGAAGAUAUUGGUAUUAGAAAUCCAACAUACGAUGAUUGUGCAAUCGUGCAACAUAUUAGUCGACAUGUAUCAAAACGCGCCGCUCGAUUAGCGGGAGCUGGUAUGGCGGUUUUAAUAAAUCGAAUUAAUCGACCGAAUGUUACAGUCGGUGUAGAUGGAUCGUUAUAUAGAUAUCAUCCGCGUUUCAAACGAAAUAUGGAAAAGUGCAUGCACGCACUUGUUAAUAAACAUAUUAAGUUCAAAUUGGCGUUAUCUGAUGAUGGUAGUGGAAAAGGUGCUGCUUUAGUAGCAUCGGUUGCCGAUCGCACCUUACGACGAAAACCAUUGCUAAGUGAAGAAAGCGAACACGAUGAACCGGGUACUCCGAUUAAUUUUCAUAGAAAAUUUGAUACACCAUAUUAA